CCUUUUUCUUCAUAAUUUCCCUUCUCACCCUCAAAACAUCAGCGAAGCUUAUAUUUUCAAACCCUCUCGCAGUGACUGCAGCAGAAAGGGAUCAAUGGCGGCCGCCCUCAGACAAUCGAUCCUCCGCCACAUCCGAGCCCCAAUCCGAACCCUAACCCUAGAAAAUUCCCGCCAUAUACCCUCACUCCGAUCCUUCUCCUCCCACGACGACCACCUGACGAAAGAAGAAGUCAUCGAGCGAGUGCUCGACGUCGUCAAGAGCUUCCCCAAGCUCGAUCCCUCAAAGGUGACGCCUGAGGCCCACUUUCAGAAGGAUCUGGGGCUAGACAGCUUGGACAAAGUGGAGAUUGUGAUGGCGUUGGAGGAGGAGUUCAAGCUCGAGAUCCCGGAUAAAGAGGCGGAUAAGAUUGAUUCGACUGCGCUUGCGAUCGAGUACAUUGCGAAUCACCCGAUGGCAGGUUAAUUUGGGGGUAAAAAGGUUGUUUUUUUUUGCAAUUUUAGUAGUCUUUUUAUUUUCAAAGGGUUAAGCUGCCGAAUUGGUGGAAAGUGGAAACUAAUGUUGCUUUGACCUGGAAUUGUUGGAUAGCUGUUUAAAUGCAGUUUGAAUAUGAAUAUCGCACCCAGAUCGCAUUAUUAAAUGCAGUUUGAAUAUGAAUAUUGCACCCAGAUCGCAUUACUUUUACACGUAUUCUGAUCAAUAACUGUUUCGAAUUAUGCUGCAGCUUUUUCAAGGUUUGUGCUUGUUGGCUU